AUGAGAAAGCCCCUGAGGUUCAGGAGAGUUGACAGUUUUACUAUCAGAGUUGAAGAGAAAAGGGCAAAGAAAACGUUCCGAGAUAGGAGAGGCGAUCAGAGUGCUUGCUUCUCUGAAAAACGUAACUGAAAGCGAUUUCUCCAAAAAUUAAGAAGAAAGAUUAUUACAGGCAGCCCAUCUCCUGUUUCUUUACGGAAUAAGCUGAAAAUAAUCAAGACUGGGAAGACUCCAGCAAUUAAGAAGAACCAGGAGAUUUUUAAGAAAGGAUUCAGAUCUCCUCCUCCUAAUAAAUUUCAAAAAUUCCACUUAUCGUCAACAGAGAGGAAGAAGCAGAUGAAGUAUAUGAACAAUAGGAAGGGAAGGAGGAACCCUCUUGAGUUUCUGAUGAAAAAGAUCAAUGCCUUAUCCCCAAAUAUCAGCCGCAACUUUGCCCAGGGCAAGAACCAGACAACUGACCGCAACAGGAAAGUUAAGAAAUCCAAGAAGAAGGAAGAGACGAAGGAAGAGAAGAAGGAAGAGACGAAGGAAGAGAAGAAGGAGCCAACUGUCUUUAAUGGAGAAUUCAUUCCUUUGGGAGAGAACAUGAAAGAGACUUUUGAAAGAUGAUAUUACAUGUUUGACGACCUCCAUUGUAAGAUAAGAGACUUGAAGAAGGACCAAGGCUUGUGCAAGUCGCCAUUUGUGCUAAGUAAGAAGUUAGAAAAGAUUAAAUUUAGUAAGGAGAGGCUUAGACAGCAUGAGAAUACUUUGACAGAUGUGAACAAAGCAGCUAUAUUAAGAAAUCCUUGUCUGUCAGAAAGAAAUAAUUUGUCUUAUUAAGAUAAAUAAUUUUUAAUAAUUACGACAU